AUGAAGUACGAAUACGACAGUACAGGUCUCGUAACGAGCUACAUCUCUUUAUUCUUUAUAAUACCUGUUGUUCUGUACAUGAUCUACGCGCACAUGUUCACGAAGAAAACGGAAAGGUACACGUGCGCGUGUACAAAUUGCCUAUCAAAACGUGAGCGUAAGGACCGCACAUUUCUGGUUAUAAUACCCGUGUUGGUGGCUGUAUCGGCAUAUCUCAUGUACAACAUUUGUACGAUUAGAGUGGACAAGAACAACGACAUAUUCAAUCCGUACGAGGUACUUGAGCUGAGUGAGGGUGCAUCUAAGCGGGAUAUACAACGCACCUUUAAGAGGCUGAGCAGGUUGCACGAUCCCGAUUACUUUGAAGGUCCGGACAAGGAAGUAAACGAAGUUAAGCUAAAGGAGAUCAGCAGGGCGUACAACAUGCUCAAAAGUGGCAAAUUGGUGGUGAGCAAGAAUGAAAAGCACCAUGAGGUGAUCGCUAUACCCUCUUGGCUGAUCAACAACGGAUACUACUCAUUGGCCGUGUACGUGCUCGUCUUUGGGGUACUCUUCCCAUUUUUUGCAUACCUGCACUGGAGGAAAUACACGUACAAAAACAGGCUGGGCCUGUACUACGAAACAAUGGAGAUGAUUUAUAAGAGGAUGCAUGGCGAGUGCACCAACGUAUUUAUCGGUAUCAGGGUGCUUAUCAAUAUUAUAGCGGAUUCUAAGGAAUUGAUGGAACAUUGCUAUAAGAGGCAAAUCGAUGUAAAAGGAUACAUCGAGGGUAACUACGCUGUGCCGUUGAGGGAGAGCAAAAAGAUCACUAACGGGUACAGCGUGCUCAUCGAUCACCUGUUCAGAACUAAAUUUGCACAUCCUAAAGAUCUCGAAUUUGUGCAGAAAAAGGCACUCGCAAUACUUGAAGGCGUGAAGAUGGUCGCAUUUCUUACCAACAACAGGGCAGUGCUUGACAACGCAUUCGAUCUGGAGCGGAUGAUUGUGCAGGCGGUGCCUGACCCGUCUUUCGCUGUGAUGCAGUUCCCGUACAUCACGUACAACCAGGUAUUUCUCAACAAAGGCAAGAGUGUGACUGACCUAGCGAUGGCGAUCAACAAGAACGAGCGUAAGGUAUGCCUGCAUGUGUAUGAUACUCUGCCAAGGAAAAGUAUCAGGUGCAAAGAUGUGGUGGAGUGUGAAAAGAAGAGCGUUUUUAAUUUUAAGAUUGAAUUGAUGGAUGAUUUGCGUAAUGCACCGAGCUCGGAAGGUUCCAAAAUUGGAAGUGGACAAAGAGAUGGGAAUGAAAUCAAAAAUGAUGAGCAAAAUGCCAGCGAGAGCAUCGACAAGAAUAGCAAUCAAUCUACCAACGAUCUCCGGACGGGAGUGUUGAUCAGGCAGGAGGGAGAACUUGAUUACGAGUUGCUCAACACAGUAGGGUCGUACAGGCACGUACCCGUGCAUGCACCUUACUUCCUCUCACGCGCUAUUGUUGAAUGGACGUUGUAUGCGCUGUAUGACAACGAUUUACUGCCAGAAACAAAAAUUAGAUUCAGUGAUUUUACGGGGACCAAGGAGGUGGUCCUUGACAUCCCUGUUAAGGAGAAGAGCGGAAUCUUGGAGAUCGUGUUGGUGUGCGACCGGUACUUUGGGUGUGAUGUAAAGCGGAAGGUGAGUGUCAGAGUGGUAUGAUUAAAGCCAUUUGUGUUUUAGCCCUGUUUAUACGUUGAAGCGAGCACGUGAAACGAUACGAUGAGGUAUUUCAGCAAUGUAAGUAACCGAUCCGUGUCGUAGCAUGUGGGAAUAAUGACCAGCACAUUUGGUAUGCCAGUAUUGUUCGUAUAUUCGGUGUCUACCACAGUUCCAAGGACAAUACUCGAAGAUUAGCACCCUAUCACUUAUAGCGGUGCACAACGUAAUUUUAGUGAAAGGGAACAUCCGCGUACCGUCCGUGUUUAAACAUGUGCACUUUUCAUCACCAUGAACAUCGUUUUUCAGAUUAUAUGGACCAGAACUGUAGAUGUGUUGCCCAGGAAGUAUUGCUCGUUUAUUUUUGGCAUGUAAUAAUGAAAGCUUCAGUACAAAUAGUUAAUACCACCUCCUUCAUCAACAUCAAAUAGGCCCUUCUUGGUCAACACAUUUUAGUUUUAAACAAGCCAAAGACCCGUGAAGUUGACGCCAGCACCACGGAUAAGUCUGCUUAGACUUAAGGCAUUCAUUUCGUUAAAUUAAUAAAUUUAUACCGCUACAACGUUGCCCCU